AUGAGCACUAUUACGUUUUCACAUGCUAAGGGUUCUCUUCAAAUUUUCAUUGACUUACAAGAUACUCAAACAAAACAUCAAGAAACACAUCUCUCCACCAAUGAAAACAAUAUUGGAAAUGCUGUUGCCGCUCUUAUGGCAGACUUUGCUCCUAAGACAAAGGUUCUUAGAAAUGGUAAAUGGUGCGAGAAAGAAGCUUCAAUCCUAGUUCUAGGUGAUAUCACUAGCAUCAAACUUGGUGACAUAAUACCAUUCAAUGCUCGUCUUCUAGAAGGUGAUCCUUUAAAGGUUAACCAAGCAACAUUAACACGAAAAUCACUUUCGGUCACUCGACAUCCAGAACAAAAAGUUUUCUCAUAUUCAAAUUGCAAACAAGGAGAAAAUGAAGUCAUUUUUAUUGCAACCAGUAUUCACACAUUCAUUGGAAGAGCAACACAUUUGGUUGACCAUAUAAACAAUGUUGGAAAAUUCCAUAUGGUCCUCAAAUCAACUGAAAACUUUGGUAUCUGUUCUAUUACAGUUGUCAUUUUGAUUGGUAGAAUUCCUAUUAUUAUGAAAACUAUUUUGUUUGUGUCAAGGGCUAUUGGUUCUCAUAAAUUUUCUAAACAAGGUGCUACUGCAAAAAGCAUAACUCUCACUGAGGAAAUAACUGGUGUAACCAUUAUUGACAGUGGAAAGACAAAGACUUUUACAUUUACCACAUUGCUCAUUGAUAUGGACUUGAUUAAAGUUUUUAUUAAGGGUAUAUAUAUGGAACGUAUGAUUCCUCUUGUUGCUAGUACUGUUAGGUUAGCCUCUUUUGUUGAAGCUAAUUCUAAUUACUCUAAAGUUCUGCUCUAG